AUGACCAUCCCGGAAGAAGUUGAUAUCAUCAUUUGCGGUGGCGGCAGUGCAGGAUGUGUUCCUGCUGGCCGCCUCGCCAAUCUUGACCACAAUCUGUCGGUUCUUCUCAUUGAAGGAGGAGAAGACAACCUUAACAAUCCUUGGGUCUACCGUCCUGGGAUCUACCCCGUCAAUAUGAAACUUGACUCGAAGACGGCAUCAUUCUAUCACUCCCGGCCAUCGGAGCAUUUGGAUGGUCGUAAAGCUAUUGUGCCUUGCGCCAACAUUCUCGGAGGAGGUAGCUCCAUCAACUUCAUGAUGUACACCAGAGCGUCGGCCUCGGACUACGAUGACUUCCAAGCUGAAGGGUGGAAAACUGAGCAGUUGCUCCCUCUCAUGAAGAAGUAUGAGACUUAUCAACGCGCUUCCUCCAAUCGAGACUUGCAUGGCUUUGAGGGUCCCAUUAAGGUUUCCUUUGGAAACUACACCUACCCCAUCGCGCAAGACUUUUUACGGGCUACUGAAUCUCAAGGAAUUCCAACCACUGAUGAUCUUCAGGACUUGACAACCGGCCAUGGAGCUGAGCAUUGGCUAAAAUGGAUCAAUCGCGAUACUGGCCGCAGAAGUGACGCAGCACACGCCUACGUCCACAGCACCAGAUCCAGACACUCCAACCUUCACCUGAAAUGCAACACAAAAGUGGACAGAAUCAUCAUCGAAGACGGCCGCGCCGUGGGAGUCGUCACCAUGUCCACAAAGCCCCUAGACGGCGGCGAGCCAGUGCGCAGAAUUUUCAGAGCCCGAAAGCAAAUAAUACUGAGCUGCGGCACUCUCAGCUCCCCCCUAGUCCUGCAGCGCUCCGGAGUCGGCGACCCCGAGAAACUGCGCCAAGCAGGCGUCAAGCCUCUAGUGAAUCUACCCGGCGUUGGCCGGAACUUCCAAGAUCACUACCUCUUUUUCUCAGGCUAUCGCGCGAAGCCCGAAACAGAGAGCUUCGACGACUUCCUCCGAGGAGACCCUGCAGUUCAGAAAAAGGUCUUCGAGGAGUGGAACCUGAAGGGGACGGGUCCACUAGCCACGAAUGGAAUUGAGGCGGGCGUUAAGAUUCGACCCACGGCACAAGAACUGAAUGAGAUGAAGAAGUGGCCGACACCCGAAUUCGGAAGCGGGUGGGACUCCUACUUUAAAAAUAAGCCUGACAAGCCUGUUAUGCAUUAUGCGGUUAUCUCGGGCUGGUUCGGUGACCAUAUGCUCAUGCCCCCGGGCAAGUUCUUCACCAUGUUCCAUUUCCUGGAAUACCCCUUCUCCCGUGGGUCUACCCAUAUCAAGUCCGCGGAUCCAUAUGAGGAACCGGACUUCGAUACUGGGUUCAUGAGCGACAAGCGGGACAUGGCUCCUAUGGUCUGGGGCUAUAUCAAGUCUCGUGAGACUGCGCGUCGGAUGGGUGCCUAUGCUGGUGAAGUGACCUCCAUGCACCCCCACUUCGCCUACAACUCUGCCGCGCGGGCCCGGGAUCUAGAUCUUGCGACCACAAAGGCGUAUGCUGGUCCGAAUCAUAUUUCCGCCGGCAUUCAGCAUGGUUCAUGGUCGGAGCCCUUGCAGCCUGGGAACCCGGCUUCCGCAUCAAGCUUGAACUCGAACAGACACGAGGCCCGGGACCCGAUUAAUUAUUCAAAGGAGGAUAUCCAGCAUAUCGAGACAUGGGUCAAACGCCACGUUGAAACGACCUGGCAUUCGCUCGGAACCUGUAGCAUGGCUCCGCGCGAGGGCAGCGCUAUCGCCCCGCAUGGAGGCGUUGUUGAUGAGCGCCUGAAUGUCCAUGGAGUCAAGGGACUCAAGGUCUGCGACUUGUCGAUCUGUCCAGACAAUGUGGGCUGCAAUACCUUCAGCACUGCUCUUCUUAUUGGUGAGAAAUGCGCCAUGUUGGUCGCGGAAGAUCUUGGUUACUCUGGCGAUGCUUUGAAGAUGGACGUGCCUACCUACCAUGCACCGGGUGAAUUUGCCAAUCUCUCGCGAUUGUAA